UAUCUAUUUGCUUCCAAAAAGAACUCAUUCGUAUCUUGGUGAAAAUUGACUGAUCCUAUUGUACCACAUGGGUCAUGGAACCAACAAUCAGCCAUUAGCGGUAGUAUAGGGACGUGACGCGGCGGUGUUACUUGUAAGGCUGUGGGUUGAAUGUGGAUGGGCAAGUACCAGUGAUUGUGGAAAGAUCCGAGCAGGAAGAAACUUGAAAGUGAUGGCAGGCUUAGGUAAAACAAGUUUGAGCGCAAGAACAAAAGGUUCAAUGGCGUCUUCAAGCCAUAAACGUCACACGACAAUGAUAUUCAUAAUUGUUAACUUGGAAUAGUUUAAAAUUCAAAUUGGAUUUGAUUAUAAAAUUAACAAUCAUUGAUUCAAAUGAUCUGAUUCUACUAAUUAAAAUAUAAAAACUAUAAUAUAUCAUUAUAUUAUAUGAAAACACCUCUUCAAAGCACAAAAAGAAAAGACACAUUUAUUAGUAGAAAAUUUAAGCACUUGAAGAUACACUGUAAUUCGGCUAAUGACAACACUAAAAUUAAGAUACCUGGACAAUGACUAUAAAUUAUAAGGAAAAAGAAAAAGAAAUUCUCGUGAAUUCAGAUCGUAUUCAAGCCGCUGAGAGUCCUUAUUGCUCCUCACAUGGCAAAUAACAGUGGGGGAAAGCUACCUCUUUUGGUCAGCUUCUGGGGAAAUGAAGAUGGAGGAAGUCAACGGACGCGUCUGAAAGUUAUGAGAGAAAAAAUUAAGAAUUCUUGGGUUGAAUUCAACGAUUUUGCUAGGAAAGCAUUGGAAAUGGGACGUUCUGAUCCUAGGAAAGUUUUAUUUGCGGUAAAAAUGGGGCUGGCAUUGUCACUUACGUCUUUGCUCAUAUUCUGGAAAGGAUCAUAUCAGGAUUUUGCUCAAUAUUCAAUCUGGGCAAUCCUCACGGUCAUAGUGAUGUUUGAAUUCAGCAUUGGAGCAACCUUCAUCAAAGGAUUUAAUCGUGGAUUGGGAACACUUUGUGCUGGGAUACUUGCAUUUUGCUUUGCUGAGUUAUCUGUGGUGGCCGGCAAGUUCGAGGAAGUUGUCAUUGUAAUAAGCAUUUUCUUAACAGGAUUCUGCGCAUCCUAUUUGAAGCUGUACCCGACAAUGAAGCCUUACGAAUAUGGAUUUCGAGUAUUCGUAUUGACAUAUUGUAUCCUUAUGGUAGCUGGUAACCGGACCAGGGAAUAUAGUCAGGCAGUUUUAACUCGGUUGGUGCUUAUAGCAGCUGGAGCUGGUGUUACUUUGGUCGUAAAUAUAUGUAUUUUCCCAAUUUGGGCUGGUGAAUCUCUGCAUAAAUUGGUGGUGAAAAAUUUUAAGGACCUUGCCACUUCUUUGGAAGGUUGCGUCAACGGGUACUUGAAAUGUGUGGAAUACGAGAGAAUUCCGUCGAAAAUUCUUACAUACCAAGCUGCCGAUGAUCCACUUUAUAAUUGUUACCGAUCAGUGGUGCAGUCUACAAGCGAAGAAGAUACAUUGCUUGGUUUUGCGAGUUGGGAACCUCCUCAUGGACCUUAUAGGCAUAAUUAUCCUUGGGAAAACUUUGUCAAAGUAAGCGGUGCAGUGAAGCACUGUGCUUUCACGGUUAUGGCACUGCAUGGUUGCAUCCUUUCGGAAAUACAGGCCCCUGCGGACCGAAGGCAUGUCUUUUCCAAUGAGCUUCAGAAGGUGGGGUCGGAAGGCGCGAAAGUGUUACGUGAGCUUGGAAGCAAAUUAGAGAAGAUGGAAAAACUGAGUCCAGGUGACAUACUUAAAAAUGUACACGAGGCAGCUGAGCAGUUGCAGCAAAAGAUAGACCAUAAGUCGUACGUUUUAGUGAAUUCUGAGGGCUGGGAAAUUGGGGGAAGGCCCAUGGAAUUAGAUUUAGAAGACCUGAUCAAUGCGGCUGAAGAUGAAAACAUGAAACUGGGAUCUAAAUCGUUGAGUGAAGCAGUGCUGGAGGUGAGGUCAGUCUCUGUUGGGACAGCUUUCUGUUAUGACGCCAAAAACACGUUAAGAACAUGGCCGUCAAAUGUUUCAGCUAAUGGGGGAUCAGUGGUUAAGGGGGACGAAUUCAAAACAUACGAAAGUGCUAGUGCUUUGUCCUUGGCCACAUUUGCUUCACUUUUGAUUGAAUUUGUGGCCAGAUUAGGAAAUGUGGUCAGCUCUUUUGAAGAACUCAGUCUAAAAGCCAACUUCAAAGAUCCUCCCAUCAUCAACAUGCCCCCUGAACCUUGUAAAGAAGGAGUCGCUACUUGGGUUGUUUAGAUAGCAAUUAUGAUUUUUUUUUUCUUUUAGCUGGAAAAGAUGCGAGUGUAUGAAGAAACAUUAUAUUUUUUUUAGAAUUCUUGUUUCUUACGAGUGCAUGAAACUAUAAUACAAGUUUGAGCUUGACCCA